AUGUCUGCUGCUGAGAGGAAAUUACGCGGUUUGAAGAAUCGCAAACGCAGCAUCCUCUCAUCGUUAGCCGGAGUUAGAAACUUCGUCAACAAUUAUCAAGACGACAGAGACAAGCGCGAGGUGCCCGUACGCCUGGAGAAUUUGAUGGACCUGUGGACGGAAUACAACUCCGUACAGGGUGAGCUGGAUAUGCUGGAAGAAUCCGACGAAGCUUUGAAGACGUACUUGAAGGAGCGGACAGAGGUAGAGAAAUUGUACUACAUAGCGAAAGGUACGUUACUCCAACUACAUCAGACCGAGCCGGCACCUGCCCGUGCUGAUACGAAUCAAGUUUCGCACCUCAAGUUACCAAAUAUUAAACUGCCCGUUUUCGAUGGAAACUUUGAGACCUGGCUCAAUUUCCACGAUUUAUUCGUAUCGCUCGUGCAUACUUCGACCUCCUUGUCGACUAUACAAAAGUUUUACUACUUACGCUCCUCAUUGGCUGGUGAAGCGUUAAAAUUAAUUCAAACCAUUCCAAUAAGCAACGAACAGUACCCGGUAGCUUGGAAUUUGCUGGUCAAUCACUAUCAAAAUGACCGGCGCUUGAAACGAACUUACGUUCAGUCACUAUUCGAGUUUCCUUGCCUGAAGCGGGAGACGGCCGUGGAAUUGCACAGUCUUAUCGAAAAAUUCCAGGCCAAUGUCAAGGUGUUAAAGCAAUUGGGCGAACGCACUGAGCAUUGGGAUGUACUGCUGAUUCACCUUCUCAGUACACGGUUAGAUUCCGUCACGAGGCGCGAUUGGGAAGAAUACGCGGAGGCGAACGAUGUGAACAAGUUCCAGCAAUUGAUUGAAUUUCUUCAACGACGAGUCAACGUGUUGGAAACGGUUGGCGGAAGGUCAGUGGAGACAUCGGUAUCAGUGAAGAAGUUCAACGCACCUCGAGCUGCCAACCACGGUGCUUCUCAGUUUGGAUCCUGGCAGUGUCCAGCUUGCCCCGGCAAGCAUCCCCUCUAUGCGUGCGGAGAAUUCUUCAAAAUGACAGCCGACGAGAAGGAGCAACAGGUUCGACGCAACAGGCUUUGUCGAAAUUGCCUGCGGCGAGGGCACAUGGCCAAGGAGUGUCCAUCCGAAAGCAGUUGUCGUAAGUGCAGAGGACGACAUCACACACUAUUGUGCUACGCUACAAGACCGGAGGGCAGCAGUCAAUCAGCAGCCGUCGCACAUUCAAACCAGCCAUCCAGCAAUGACGAACCACUCUCAUCCACCCCCGCAGCGCAUACGGGCAUCACCAGCUGCACUUCUCGAGACAAAUCACGAACGACGGUCCUGUUGGCUACAGCGAUCAUCGUCAUGGUGGACAACAGCGGGAACGAGCAUCCAGUACGCGCCUUGCUGGAUUCAGGCAGCGAAUGUUGCUUCGCAACGGAGCGACUAGCACAGCGAAUGCAGAUUUCUCGAAGCAGAGUUAAUUUGCCGAUAGCAGGAAUCGGCGAAGCGGCCACCGAGGUCCGCUGCAAGUUCCAGUCCACGAUAAAAUCAAGGAUUUCCGAUUACAGCGCUACAAUUGAAACAUUCGUCCUUCCCAAGGUUACCGUCGAUUUGCCAUCGAUCUCUGUCGAUGCGUCGAGCUGGUCACUUCCAACAGGAAUUCAGUUAGCCGAUCCGUCUUUCUACCAAUCUGGGACCAUCGUUGUUGUGCUGGGAGCGGAAGUGUUCUUUGACUUGUUUAGCGUUGCGGGGCGCAUUUCAUUAGGCGAGUCGCUUCCUUGUCUAGUGAAUUCCGUCUUCGGUUGGAUAAUCAGCGGAAAAGCAUCUCAAGGGCAGUCAAGGCCUUCCAUAGUUUGCAACGUCGCCACUACUGCCGAGCUACAACGCAACAUGGAGCGUUUCUGGGCGAUUGAGGAUGACUCGGCAAUUUUCAACGCAUGCCGCCAAGGUUUCGUGCCGAAACGUGCCGGGAUAAGGAGCAUUUUGACGGGCAGCCGUGAGGUUAUCAACAGGUGGAAGCAGCACUACGGCGAACACCUGAAUGGUGUGAGGAUCGGAAACAUGGAGGACCAAGGCAGUGGAAGAAAUAACUAUAACAGUACAGCAAGGAGCAACAAUAAUGAGUCAAUUCUCACGUUGAGGGAAGACAAGGAUGCUAUCCAAUUAGUGCAAGAACAAUGA